GUCUUUGUUCUCUUCUGUCUUGAAAAGAAAAUUAGGGUUUUAAAACAAUGUCUCAGCUCUUGUGCCGAAUCUCGAAGCUUUCAACAUCCCGGAACAGGAUCCUCUGUUUCCGACGGUCCGAAUUCUCUACGGUCACGGCGGAGGCAACGACACCUUAUCUUCUCCUCGGCAGCGAUCUUGUCGGAAAAUCUCCUUGCGAUGGGAAAGUCGUCAACUUUAACCUCUACGACCCAAGGAAGCAAGAGCAAGUGAAGAUCGAAAACAAGAUUCUAUCAAAGGAAGUCUACGAAUCCCACAAGUUAGGAUCCUCACGAGGAUGGUUAGCUUUGUUGAACAAGAAAGAUUCAACAGUGCGUCUCACUAACAUCUUAAACCCUUCUAAGAAAAUCAUAUCUUUACCUUCACUAACCAGAGACAAAUAUGAAUCCCAUGUUAAUGUCUCUGUCUCAUCUUCAAAUGAAGAAGACUGUGUGGUCGCCGUCAAGUUUUACGGGUCACGAGUUAGUCUUUGUCGACCUGGUGACUCCGAGUGGACUCGCAUUGACGUGCCUUGUCCAUCUUUCCAUUCUUCUACCGUCAUUUACUCGGAGAGAGACCGGAGAUUUUACUUGAACAAUUGUAACCCUGACUAUACCGGUCCGACCGAUUUCACACCGAAAUCCGGUUUACACACUCCGGUUAGUGGCUACAAGAGAUUCCUCUUCUCUAACUUUCUUGAAGAAAUGCCAGAGUUGGAGAACGAAAGGCGUCUCUCUCGUUUCAGGAUCCAACAACAACUAGUCGAGUCAGCUUCGGGCCAAUCCUUCAUCGUUGCAUGGUAAUAAGAACCCGUGAGUUUGUGUUGUUUAUAAGGGAUUGAAGAUGAUAUAAUCUGUGUUGUUGUCUAGGUUUGUUGAGAGUCUUACGGACAAAGGAGAAGUUGCGACAUGGGGAGACACACGUUACAAUAACAACAAAGACCUUUGCAAGAAGACCCACAAGAUCAUGGUGAUUAGGCAAGACGAAGAGCAAGGGAUUGGUCCUUACACCGAUGACAUUGGCGAUCUCUGCAUUUUCUUGGGCGAGAAUGAAUCUUUCUGUCUCUCUGCUAAGGACUUCCCUGGUCUUAACCCUAACUCAGUCUACUUUGCCGGCCAUGGUUCCGGUUAUGGCAUAUGGGAUCUCGCCUCUUGCACCAUUCGUUAUCUCUCUGACUCUACUCCACCACCCGGUCGCAUGUUUUGGCUUCCUCCCACAAUAUCCCAAUAGGAGAGAAGAUAUCUUGUCUUCCAAUUCUUGCAUUAAUUAAUAUACGCUGUGUUUUGUAUUCAUCGCUAUCUCUAUCUUUUAUUAUCUUGUUGAUUUGGUGUUUUGAACAUCUUU